GCGCGGGCGGCCGGCGGCUCCGGCUCGGCUCCCGGCUCCCCGCUCCGGCUCCGGGCCUUGCACCUGUGACCAGCGGCCGCGCUCGCCCUCCGCGCCCGGCGCCCGCAACCCGCAGCCCCAUGGCCCCGUCCCGCCUGCAGCUCGGCCUUCGCGCCGCCUACUCGGGUCUCAGCUCCGUGGCCGGCUUCUCCAUCUUCCUCGUCUGGACGGUGGUCUACAGACAGCCGGGCACCGCGGCCAUGGGGGGGCUCGCAGGUGUGCUGGCGCUGUGGGUGCUGGUGACACACGUGAUGUACAUGCAGGAUUACUGGAGGACGUGGCUUAAGGGACUGCGCGGCUUCUUCUUCGUGGGCGUGCUCUUCUCGGCCGUCUCCGUCGCCACGUUCUGCACCUUCCUGGUGCUGGCCAUCACUGGACACCAGAGCCUCACAGACCCCAACAGCUACUACCUCUCUUGUGUCUGGAGCUUCAUUUCCUUCAAGUGGGCCUUCCUGCUUAGCCUCUACGCCCACCGCUACCGGGCUGACUUUGCUGACAUUAGCAUCCUCAGCGAUUUCUGACCCCACGGGAUGAGGGCUCUGCACCCUGACGGUCCUCAGGACCUGGACUCAGCCUCUGAGACAUCAGGCGGACUUGUACACCCCCUGGGAACCCUGGAACUGAGGCGGAAAAUCUACAGGAGGACGGAUGGUGUUUGUGAAGCUGUCCUGUCCCCUUUGGGGGAGCCCUGGGUGCUGUGGGGAGGGGCCCCGCCAUGUUGCUCAUCAGCCUGGCUGGAGGGCAGCUUUAGACCUUUAAAAUGUGGAUCUAUUUUCUUAGCACUCGGUGGGCAGUCUUUGUAAGCAGGCCAGGGCAACAGUGGAGGCAGUGGGGGCCGUGCCUGGGGCCCAGGGGCAGGCAGUAUGGUCUCUGCUGCCCUGGGCCCUCUCCCUCAGGCAGGGUGGGACCCUGGGGAGGUCAGGUCAAAUAAGGGACCUCUAGUAAAGGCUUCUCAACCCCCUACCCCAGCACCCCCAUCCUUGUGUCCCCCAAGUGUCAGGUAGUUGAACUCAUUGGUCCCAGGGGUGGGUGACAUUGGCUCUUUUCCUAAGGCCUGGGGACCUGCGGGGAGUUCAGCGUCCCUCUCCCCACCCUGUUCCCACAGCGCUGGCUCCAAGAUUGUGCUAGAGCCAUUGCCCUUUCACCACGCAUAUCAGAGCAGGAAGCCCCAAAUGAGGCCAGACUCACGGUCUUGGGGGAGGUGCUCCUGCCCCGCAAAGGGCUUUGGGGAAGGGGGCAGCACAGAUUGGGCUAGAAGCAACUCUUAAAUGAGGCUUCUAUAGCCCAACAUUUCCAGUCUUCUCACACCUGCUCCUUCCGGCACCUGAGUCACCGCAGCCCCCAGACGUGUCCUCAUACCGCCCCUGCCAGCUGCCCUUCAUGAGAGCUUUUUAUCUUUCAAAAUCUCCCUUCCGAAGGACAAAAUCUGCUUUACUACCUGUACACUGGCCCAAGGGCUCACCGGGGGGGAAGGGGCUACAUCGGUCUUUUCUUCGGCGGCCAUUUUGCACGGUCCACCCCUCUCCCACCCGACGUGUCCUGCCCCUCGGCUCGCUGCCUUAUCUGUCACUGUCACUUCAGCAGAAGCACAGCAGCCAUUCAUAUCA